AUGUCUAUCAAAGAACGCAUUUCACCACUUACUUUGCUUCUCCUACUAACAACAACGAUUCUAUACAACAACCAAGCUCAUGCAACAAGUCCAAUCAAAACCAUCGUUGUUUUAGUGAUGGAGAAUCGAUCUUUUGACCACAUGCUUGGAUGGAUGAAGAAGCUAAACCCGGAGAUCAACGGUGUGGAUGGUUCAGAGUCGAACCCGGUCUCCGCAUCAGACCCUUCUUCAAAGAAAAUCAAAUUCGGGUCGGGUUCGCAUUACGUGGAUCCGGAUCCGGGUCAUUCGUUUCAGGCAAUAAGAGAGCAAGUGUUCGGGUCGAAUGACACAUCCAAGGAUCCACCGCCGAUGAAUGGGUUUGUUCAACAAGCAUAUUCGGAGGACCCCACUGGUAAUAUGUCUGCAAGUGUUAUGAACGGCUUCGAACCUGAUAAGGUUCCUGUCUACAAGUCACUUGUCUCCGAGUUCGCUGUUUUCGAUAGAUGGUUUGCAUCGGUUCCAUCAUCGACACAACCAAACCGAAUGUUCGUGCACUCAGCGACGUCAGGAGGAGCCAUGAGUAACGACCCCCUGUCACUUGCAAAAGGUUUUCCUCAAAGAACCAUUUUCGAUAAUCUCGACGAAGAAGACAUCUCUUUCGGAAUAUACUACCAGAAUGUUCCUGCGGUCUUGUUUUAUCGAAGCCUAAGGAAACUCAAAUACGUUUUCAAGUUUCAUAGCUAUGCACUCUCCUUCAAGGACCAUGCAAAGAGUGGGAAGCUCCCUGCUUAUACUGUGAUUGAGCAACGUUACAUGGAUACCAUCUUUGAGCCUGCUACUGAUGAUCAUCCAUCCCAUGACGUCUACCAAGGACAGAAAUUUAUAAAGGAAGUGUACGAAACCCUAAGAGCGAGCCCACAAUGGAACGAGACUCUAUUGCUAAUCACAUACGACGAGCACGGUGGUUAUUUCGACCACGUGCCCACACCGGUUCGCAAUGUUCCUAGCCCGGACGGUAUAGUCGGACGAGAACCGUUCCUAUUCAAAUUCGACCGGUUAGGUGUUCGUGUACCAACAAUAGCAGUGUCUCCAUGGAUCGAAAAAGGCACGGUCGUGCAUGGACCAAAAGGAUCACCGUUUCCAUCAUCUGAGUACGAGCAUUCUUCCAUACCCGCGACAGUGAAGAAACUGUUCAAUCUAUCAACACCUUUCCUCACAAAGAGAGAUGAAUGGGCAGGAACUUUUGAGCACAUUUUGCAAAUCCGCAAAGAGCCUCGAACUGAUUGUCCCGAGACGUUACCCGAACCGGUUAAGAUAAGAAUGACCGAGGCUAAUGAGAAUGCUAAAUUGAGUGAGUUUCAGCAAGAGCUUGUACAACUAGCUGCGGUGUUAAAAGGAGAUGAUGCACUUACAACAUAUCCUAAAGAAAUAGGAAAAGGAAUGACUGUGAUUCAAGGGAAGAGGUAUAUGGAAGAUGCUGUCAAAAGAUUCUUAGAAGCUGGUCGUUUAGCCCUAGCCAUGGGAGCUAACAAAGAAGAGCUUGUCCGUAUGAGACCUUCCCUUACCGGAAGAAGACAUUAA